GGUGCAGAAGGUUUUGAAGAGCCUGAUGGCCCUGGCGCCACUGCUGCACAGCUGUUGAGUCAGCUCGAGGAGUCCCGUUCUGAUGCAGUACUCACUGCGGGGGAUAAUGGUCGACAAAUUCGAGAAUCUCGGGGUCCCGAAGCUUCUCCAGCUAGAGAAGCCCCGUCCUUCGAAAUUAUACCCCCGGUCAUUCUCAACCCGAACGAUUACAAAUACUUGCCCGGUCACUUUGCGGUGCGCCGUAUCUUGGAACUCGAUUCAACCACCGAGAAGCCGCUCUACACUGUCCGCCUUCAAAGUGGAGAGCGAGAAACAAUGACCCACGACCGAUUUAUGGAUUUAGACAACAGCGCCCAGGCUCUAGAGCAAUACAACCCAAACUCGGAUUCAGAUGACGAUCUAAUCCUGGUUGACCAGGGGCGGGUCUCUCGCAGGUCCUUUUUGAAUGCUGAUGGAGCAGCAUCUGAUGAUUCUGACUACGCUGUCACUCCAGUUCACCGCAACCUUCGCCGCCUGACCGUACGUGGGCGAUCCUCAGGGUUCUACCAAAUUGAACAAAGCUCCAGCGACAAGGACGACAGCGAUCAGGAAAGUUCCACCGAUGAGCUUACCGAGCCUCAACCACGCAUGAGGAACCUGAGACGAGGCGGUGGACGAACGGGAACCCGAGGACUCAGGCGAGGUGCAAGACGGGGCAUUGGGAAAUCAACUCGCACUUCGUCUUCAGAUGACUACUCCCCCCCGGCUAGAGCCACACGUGUCUCGGGGCGUGAUAGGAAGUCUCUCCGGAAGAAUCUGCGGGAGCGAUUCGAGGAUGACGUUUCAGAGGCCGCGAGUGACGCUCCCAAGCAGCAAAAAUAUGCCGGAGCCAGGGAGACCUUCCGUAAGAUUUCGCAUGACGACGAGUUCCGGCAAUGUCACUUUGCAUGCUGCGAUACCUGCAGUUACUACGAGGAUGAUCCGCAGAAAGGCCCCUUGGUCUUUUGCCAGGGUUGUAGCGCAUCCUAUCAUCAAACUUGCCUUGGGCCGCGGAGUAGUCGGGAACAUCUUGUCACUAAGGUCGAUGAAGGUCACUUCAUUCUCCAAUGUCGCCGUUGUCUUGGCGUUGCUCACAGCAAACACGAUAUUUCCCCUCAUUUGGGCCGCUGUGCUGUGUGUCAUGAGGAAGGCCCAAUGGCGCAGCCACUGCGAGAGCGUCUUACCUCCAAGGAGGAGCAACAACAACGAAUCGCUAAUGGUGGUACGGACCCUGUCACCCUGGUUGAAAUGGCUCGUGUGGACAACAUCGACAACGUCCUGUUCCGAUGCACCGGUUGCCAUAGAGCCUUCCACGUUGAACAUCUUCCACCGAUCGAUGGUCAAGACCCCUCCGAGAAGUUCUCUGAUUAUAGCGCUCAUUGGCAAUGCCGCGACUGCUCCGAUGCUCCGGGCGAAAUACAUGAAAUUCUUGCCUGGCGUCUCCUCAACCCCGGAUCCAUGGGGAAUGAUGUUCCCCAUGCUGAGCUCAUCCCGGAGAUUGACAAGGAGUACCUAAUCAAAUGGAAACGCAAGUCAUACUUCCGCGUCGUUUGGAUGCGUGGUGACUGGGUCUUCUGCGUCAGUAAUCCUACCACGCGUCGAUCGUUCUACUCCUCAGACAGUGCUCGAAAACCGAUCCCGACGACAGAAGAGGCGGUUUCUGAGGAUAAACUGCGGGUCGACAUCGUCUUUGAGGUGGCAUACUUGGACAAUACCGCCAAGGAAGACAAAUCCAACCCUCGGAUGGUCAAAGAGGCGUUUGUCAAAUACAAGGGCCUGAACUAUGAGGAUUCCGUAUGGGAGGAACCACCGAGCCCAGUCGAAGAAAACCGGUGGACGGAUUUCGAGACUGCGUUCAAAGAUUGGCUGGCCCGGGGCGAUAUCCAGACUCCCGACCGAGACAUUCUCGAGGACCAGUUGGCCAUUAUCCGGACCCAGGAUUUCCAGCAAAAGCUGUUGCUGUACACGCAGUCUGACCUGAUUACUGGCGGUGACCUCAUGGAAUACCAAAUGGAUGGUGUGAACUGGCUUUACUACAUGUUUGUGAGACAGCAGAAUGCCAUUCUGGCGGAUGACAUGGGCCUUGGAAAGACCAUACAGGUCAUUGGUCUGCUCGCAACUCUCAUUGAAAAGCACGCGUGUUGGCCCUUCUUGAUCUGUUGUCCAAAUGCGACCGUUCCGAAUUGGCGACGUGAAAUCAAGAACUGGGCACCGAGCAUUCAAGUCGUUACUUAUUUCGGCACUCAAUAUUCACGUCAGAUGGCCAGAGACUACGAAAUGUUCCCGCGAGGCGGGAGAGAUCUCCACUGCCAUGUCGUAAUCGCUUCAUAUGAAAGUAUGAUCGAUGACGAGGCGAAAAGAGUCCUGAACAAGGUUCCAUGGGCAGGCUUGGUGGUCGACGAAGGACAACGUCUGAAGAACGACAAAUCUCAGCUCUACGAGCGGCUUUGUCGUAUGAAGUUUGGCUUCAAAGUCCUCCUCACCGGCACUCCCUUACAAAACAACAUUCGUGAACUGUUCAACUUGCUCCAGUUCCUCGACCGAGAGAAGAACGCCGAAGCGUUGGAAGAGGAAUAUAGUAUGCUUGACCAGGAGAAAAUUCGGACCCUUCAUGAAAUGAUCCGUCCAUUCUUCCUUCGUCGUACUAAGGCCGAGGCCUUGCCAUUCUUGCCGCCCAUGGUUCAAAUCAUCGUUCCCGUCUCAAUGUCUCUUGUGCAAAAGAAACUGUACAAAUCGAUUCUUGGAAAAAAUCCUCAGUUGAUCAGGGCCAUUGUCAAGAAACAGGCCGGUCAAAUCAAGAAGCAAGAUCGCCACAACUUGAACAACAUCUUGAUGCAGCUCCGAAAAUGCCUUUGCCACCCGUUCAUCUACAACAGAGCCAUCGAGGAGUAUACCAGCGACGCUGUGUUGGCUCACAGGCACUUGGUGGAAGCCUCGGGGAAGCUUCGGUUGCUAGACCUGAUGCUGCCGAAACUACACGAACGUGGACACAGAGUUUUGAUCUUCAGCCAGUUUUUGGAGAAUCUUGACAUCGUUGAAGACUUUCUCUCUGGUCUUGCCUUGAAAUACUGUCGUCUGGACGGGAAGCUAGCGGCUAAAGAGAAGCAGCAACAGAUCGACAGGUUCAACGAGCCCGACUCUCAAUACUUUGCUUUUCUGCUCUCAACUCGAUCGGGCGGAGUGGGGAUCAAUCUUGCCACCGCGGAUACUGUCAUUAUCAUGGACCCCGACUUCAAUCCCAAGCAAGACAUGCAAGCUUUGUCCCGAGCUCAUCGAAUUGGCCAGCAGAAGACUGUGCUCGUUUUCCACCUGACAACGCGCGCUUCCGUGGAAGAAAAGAUCAUGCAGAAGGGCAAAAAGAAGCUGGCCCUUGAUCAUGUUCUAAUCGAACGCAUGGAAGCCGAUGAAGACGAGGAAAAUCUAGAAUCCAUUCUUCAACACGGCGCUGCAUCUCUGUUCAGUGAUGAUGAUUCAGCCGACAUCCACUAUGACUCGCCGUCCAUUGACAAACUGCUGGACCGUGGUCAGGUCGAAAAGGCAGAGCAUGUUCCUGACAACAAUGACUCUGGCUCUGCAGAACAGCCGAAGUUCAAUUUUGCACGCGUCUGGCAGAAUGAUCAAGGCACUUUGGAGGAAGUUGCUGACGAAGCUGAAGCUUCAUUUGAGGAUGUCAAUGCCUGGGAAGAAAUUCUCCGUGAGCGUGAACGUGAUGCCAAUGAAGAGGAAAAUCGCAAAGCUGAGGGUCUGGGUCGUGGUAAGCGCAAGCGAGCGACGGUCAACUACCAGACGAUCAGAGAAGAAGAAGCAGGCGAUCUCGACAUUCCCGACUCCUCGCCUGUCAAGCCUCGGAGCAACAAUGACAGUGAUGUCGAAUUCCGGGAGGGCGAGCUAGAAAGCGAUUCGGCGGAUGACGAGGAUAUAGCCGUAGAUGCCCUGGAUAUCGAUCUGCAUAACGGCAUGCCUCCGAAACCAGAGGUCCGCCCCUUCAAGCGUGUCCAGCUGCUACCACCUAGUCUCGAUGGCACUAUGGAUUCCGGUCCUCCCAUGCCAUUCGGAUCUAAAUGCAUUGCAUGUAGUGGGUCUCAUCUCUUGGGUGCCUGUCCACUAAAGCAGGCGGGUGUCGAGAACUGUCCGCUCUGCGGCCUGGCACAUUUUGGAAAGCGCCGGUCCUGUCCACAUUUGAAGUCCCCAAUUCAGAUACAGCGCAUGCUGCUGGCACUGUCCAGGAGCAAGGAGGACCCAAAACUUGUGUCCAUGGCCACGAAGUACCUACGCGGCAUCAUCAAAAGCUCCGCGCGGCUCAAGCGCCAGAAAGCUGCAAAGGCUGCGAUGACAUCAAUGACCCCCAACGUUUUUCAACCCACGAAGGCUCCCCACCAUCUUACAGCAACCACCCCCAGUUCGUCUCAGACUCCUCCUAUGGGUGUCUUCCAACCCAUGGGAGCUUCCCACCAACUUCCUACCGCCGCACAGCGUCCCGGAUAUUCACCGACUCCGAUCGACCUCACCGGCCCCGAUUCUCCCGCCAGAGCCUCCAACAACAAUGUCGAUCAGCCUCCACCUCCUCGCUCCAAUGUCCCAACCCAGUUGCAGCUUCCUCCUCCUUGA